AUGUUCUCUCUGAGAAGUAGCUCUAACAGCAGCAAGAAGCAACCCAUUGAGGUGGAUGGAAAAGGAAAGAGACCCACCAGUGCUAAGGGGGAGACCGAACGGGUGGAAGAUGGCCAAGUGAAGAAUUUGUACAAUGAAAAUCCAUUAAGCAAAAUAGAAAGUUACAUGGAUUAUGCGGAGCAACAGACACAAGUUUAUCCAAUCAGUAGAACUACCACCCCACAUCAGAUCAACAUUGGAAGCAUGGAGAGUGUCCAUGAUGAAGAAGGGACCUUUAACCCGAUUGCGAAAUCUUCAACACUGUUAUCUCAUGAGGAGGAGGAGCUAGCCAAACAUAUAAACGAGAAUGACGAUGGGAAUGAGGAAGGGGUGGUGAGGAGGCAGACCAGAAGUGUCAGCAGUAAUAAGUACCCGCUUAGUGGUGAGCAGAGGGACGAAGCGGAGAUUAAGUUCGAUUCGGGAGUGACAGAAUCGGGUAUAAAUGAAAAGAGACAGAACUACUCAAGGAGUGAGGCCCUGCAGGGUGUGUCCGCACCACAGGAUGGCAGCGUCAACAUGGGGAAUAAUGUUAGCGUCGGCAAUGGUGACAGUCAGUGUGGGGAGCAGUUUUCCCCCAAUUGUGAAAAGGAGGAGCCCGCUAAGGGGAUGGCGGUCGAGGAGGUAGAAGCGGGUGUCGAAGUGGACGUCGAAGCGGGUGUCGAAGCGGAUGUCGAAGCGGGUGUCGAAGCGGAUGUCGAAGCGGGUGUUGAAGCGGAUGUCGAAGCGGGUGUUGAAGCGGACGUCGAAGCGGACGUCGAAGCGGGUGUCGAAGCGGAUGUCGAAGCGGACGAGGCUGAUGACGAAGAUGAACUGGGGAAAUCGCCCCUCGAGCAGAAUAACAGAGUGGAGGGAGUGAGUGCAGGGGAGUAUGCAGAAGAGCCAGUACUCCAUAAGGGAACGGCGCCCCUCGCAUAUGACGAAGGGAAGCCAAACGAUGGUGAGCCCAAUCCGGGGGAGGACAAUCGAAACGCCUACCAAGGUAGGAACGAAAUGUGCAAAGAUGAAGAAUCGAAGGAAAGAUUCGAAGAGUCGUUAAUCAGUGACAGCUGUGUGUACAGCAAGGAAGAGGAAGUGAAGUCGAAGAAUUCCAUUUUUAAGGAAGAACAUGAAACGGAGAAUCACCCGGAUGAUAAAUUUAAGGAUGAAAUGCAGUUGAACGGCGAAAUGCAGUUGAACAGCGACAUGCAGUUGAACAGCGACAUGCAGUUGAACAGCGAAAUGCAGUUGAAGAAUGAAAACAGUGAAGGGAACAGCAACGAGCAUUUUAAGAAUUCAUUAAUAAAAGAUAUGCUAAUGCAGAAGGAGAGUGCUACUGAACAUGCUUCCCCCAUUGACCAGAACAAGACUCUUGCCUUGAUAGAUAACCUCCUUAGCAUUAAAGGGGAGGAGGGGGUGAACAAUCAGUUUGAGAAUUUAUUUACAGAGGAGAGCAGAGACGUUGUUAGCAAUGGUUAUGGCACUGUGCCCAUUGUGAAUGCAUCCACAGGGGGGGUAAACCCAUGCGGAGUGGUGGCUGUAGGAGGGGGGAUCCCCGCACAUGUGCACGGCGGUGGUGUCGGUGCUGUUUCUGAUGUGGUUGCCGCUGUUGGGAAGAGUGCCUGCGUCGGGAAUAGCGCCGUGGGAAGUAACCUCGUUGGAAGUAACCUCGUCGGAAAUAACCUCGUUGGAAAUAACCUCGUCGGAAAUAACCUCGUCGGAAAUAACCUCGUCGGAAAUAACCUCGUAGGAAGUAAACUCGUCGGAAGUAACCUUGUCGGAAGUAACCUCGUUGGAAAUAAUCUCGUUGGAAGUACCCCGUAUGGAAGUGCCCCAUAUGGAAGCCCCCCCUUUGGCAACCUCGCUAGCGGAGGAAUGCACGAGAGUUACGGCAUGGCUAGCAAAGAAGCCCUGAGCAAAAGUGAAAACAUAAGGAAGUCCAAAAUUAUCUGCCUCAGCUAUCUACGUAUAUUGAAGCGAUUAACGUCUAUAUGGAGUGAAACGAACAAGUCCUUCGAAUACCAUUUUGUGAAUAUCCUGAACAACGUUGAAAUGAAUAACUUAGAUUUGUAUCUGUGCUGUUUUUCAAACAUAAAAAUAUCUGCUGCGAAAAGUUUGUUUCUUGAUUCGAUUGUGGAAUGCAUAGACGAGCUGGAGAUUAUAAAGAAAUUAAAAAGUGUGCAGGGCAAGGAGGAGAGUAACCUGUAUGAUAAAAGUACCUCCUUCAGUUCUUCUUCCUCGAGUGAAAAUAAAAAUGGUAAAAGUGAAAUGUUAAAACAGAUUAUGAAUGAGGUGGAGAAUAACUUGUCUAAAGAAAUUGUCGAAGAGAUGCAUGACUUGUCUUUGAGGAAUCCCUACUUUAGCAGCACCUACCAUGGGAACAACAGUGUGAGUAAUGUUAUAUCAGGAGUGUCUCCUCAUGUGACAGAUGGAGAGCCCAGCGUACUGUCCCUCUAUAGCUGUGCGUAUAAGAAGGGUGUCGGUAACCACAACGUGUGCAACGAUUCAAGUGGAAGCGUCGAUUUGAAGAAGGGGAAAGACUUCCUGACGUGCGGAGGUAGGAGUCAGUGCGGUGUGUCGGCUGUCUGCGGAGGUGGGGCGGUAGUUGCAGGGUCACUAGGAGGGGCAACCACGGGAGGGGCAACUACCGGCGGUGCAACCACGGGAGGUGCAACCGCCGGAGGUGCAACCGCGUGCGGUGCUGUCGGAUCUGUUGGAAUCGUCGGAACAACAUUUGCCGGGGCGGGAAGCUUCCCCAGUUACGCGUGUAACUCGCAUGGAAAUCACUUCGCCUGCCCGAGUGCCCUCCCAGUGAACUGCGCCAGUGGACACCUGUACAAUAGCUGCAUAGGUAGCAACAUCCCGGGCAACAAUGGUAACAACAAAGUGAACCCCCUGAACAGUAACUACAGUGCAACAAACAUGAUGGGGUUGGGUGGAAAUAAUAACCCUCUAAGUUAUAGCAACAGCUUCGGUUCCAACUCCAACUCGUGUAAGAAGAAAUGCAGCUACUCGGAUGAAAAUAUUCUGAACAAAUUAAACGUCAGCAUAGACUACCAUUCGUAUAACGACUGCAACAAUAACUACAUUCAGGAGGCCGAGAAGGUGGUGGAAAAAUACAAAAAUUUGACCAAGCUGAACUCGAAGGAGAGUGAAAACAUGUAUAGUACGUGUAGCCAGUCCACCGUGCACGACGUCGGUAACGCUAAUGUGAAUGCCUAUUUGCAUUUUAAAUCAUUCAUGGCGGAGUAUGCGAAUAUGCACAAGGGCAGCGGUGCAGAGAAGAAUAAGUUGAAAGAUGUGGACUUGACCUCCAGUGACUUGAGCUUUUUGCGCUGUCUCUAUGCGCAUUUGUGCGGAUCCGGCGGAUGGGAGGAUAAAUCACCCAACGAUGUAUACUGUCAUGAUAAGGACGCGAAGGAUGUGAAGAGCUUUUACGACAACAAGCUGAAGCUGGACUCGAGCAGCAACAACGACAUGACCAAAUUUCUGCAGGAGUAUAAACUUAGUGACGAGGACAACUUUGACGAGAGAGAGUACUAUACCAAGUACGGACGAAGCGGAAACAAAGGAGGAAUCCUAAACGGAUGUGACAAUAACGGAAAUUUUUCAUCGAACAGUUUUCAGAGCAUAAUGAGGAAGAGGAAGUUGAGGGACACGUCUGCUGCGCAUCACCAUCACGGUCAUCACCCUAUGCAGAAAUGCAGCGGUGGGGGAGGUGCCGGGGGGAAUGUUAGCGGAAUGGCUAAUGCAAAUGGGGGCAUGGUGAGUGGGGUCACAGAUCUGAAUGGAAUUUCCGGAAGCGGGGUGAACACGAAUGGAGCGGGUUUAGGCGGCUAUGACUUGAACUACCUCCUGUGCAACCCGAAUGUGCUGAAGAAGUUGAAGUUUAAUUUGUUGGAGGAUAAAAAGAGUGGCGAUGUUAGCGCAGUUGGCGGCGUUGGCGGAGUUGGCGGCGUUGUCGGCGUUGGCGGAGUUGGCAGCGUUGGCAGCGUUGGCGGUAGCGGAGGGGGAGCUAACCUGGCUGGAAGUAGUGGAAGCCUGCUUGGAGUCAUAGACUUCUUGAAGAAGGACUCCAACGAUUACUCUGUUGACGAAAACAGCGGCCCACACAUGAAUACGAGAAAAAGUUAUGCCAACAAGAAUAACGGUAUGAGUAACGUGAAAAACUACAAGGACAUUUUGAACCUGUCGCAGGAAAUUUUUGGCAAGAAGGGAGCCAACGGAGGUGCAUCUGGAGGAGGAACGGGAGCUGGAUCACCCUCAUCGUACAAAAAUGGGAACGACCGCGAUAGAGAGCGCGAUCGAGAUCGCGACUCUGACAUGCUUCACCACCAUCAUCACUACCCCCUGCAUCAUCCAUCGCUACCUCAUCACCAUAUAAACCCCAGCACAUUGUACGAUUUUAUAAUGAACACAAAUAAUGGCUCCAACGGAUUGCUGGAGAGUUCGCUGCACCAUCCAGGAAGCCUUCUGAUGAACAGCCUGAACGGGAACAACAGAAAUGACAAUAACUUGCACGAAAGUGGAAGCGGGAAUCAGAGUAACAGCAGUGGCAAUAACAAUAAUGGCACGAUGAACAUGAAGGGAGCAUACAACGUGAGUGGAAGUGCCACAAGCACCGCGACUCCAAGCGGAUUACAGAAGAAGAACAGUUACGAUUUUAGUGCCGAUUAUAAUUCAAAGAUGAGUGCCAACGAGUCGGAAUUGUCACUAAGUAAUAACGAUAAUAGUAGCGAGCUGCUCCUGAGUGGUGGCAAAAUGGAAGGAGGGGUCUCUUCUGGAGCUGCUGGCAUGAGCAGUGCUGUCACUUCAGGUGGAGCAUCCGGAGGUAUGAGUCCAUACAAACAUAGUAAGAAUGAGAAUGGAAAAACGGUUGGAAUGAAUACCUCAAAUGGUGGAAGCAAAAAUAUUAAAAAUUUGAAAAAUUCAUCUACCAUCACACCGGCUGCAUCAACAAACUAUGGAAUUGGGAAAUUAAAAUAUGAAAUGCCGGUUGGGGUUAAUCCAAAUGAUGACAAAGUGAAGGGAGUUUAUUUUUCCAAAUCUCUUAGAGGAGUUGGCAAAUGGAAUGCUUAUUUUCAGAUAGCUAAUAAUAAGAGACUCUUUACCAGCUUUAGUGUGAGCAAGUACGGAUACAAUGAAGCGAGAAAAUUGUCUAUAUUGAAAAGAACCGAGUGGGAAAAAGAAUACAGGCACCACACCGAUUUAAAGAACGCAGAUGCGAAGAAGGGGAAGAAGAAGUCCAGUCACCACCAUCAGCAGCAACAACAGCAAGAGCAGCCGCAGCAGCAGUCGCAGACGCAGCAGCAGACGCAACAGCAGCAGGGUGUUAAGAGCAGCUUGGUCAAAAAUAAUGUUAAAGGUGCGUCAAAGGGGAAUAACAACCAUUCGAUAAAUUCCAAUAGCGAUGAGUCCAUAUCGUAUGGGAAGGAAAACAAGCUGAAUGAAGACAGCAGCUUGAUGUACUCUAAUGACGACGAGGAAGGCUGCUUGAUUAGCAACAAACUUGCUGCAGACAUUUCGAGCGAGCUGAACGAUUUGAACAGUUUGAACGCUUUGAACGAUUCGCAUACCUUAACUGCUGGGAGUGGAAAGAAAGUGAACAAGUUAGGCAUGUCCUGUGGGAAUAAUGGCAGCGGUGGGGCAGGAGGCUGUGUUGCUACUGGUGGUGUGACGGCUGGUGAUUGCAUUAAGGUGGAUGAUAGUAUAAACUUUUUUAUUGAGUGUACGAAGAACGAUAACGACGCGUUUAACUCUGUGGAUCUUCUGCGUUCAAGUUUGAAUGGAGGGUCGGCAGGGGAGAGUAAUAAUAAUGAUGAUGGCAAAAGCUCGUCUAGGAAAAGCGCCCGCAACAGUAGUGGGAAUAACUUCCCUUCGAAUUCGCUUGUAGACUCCUAUGGCAGCGGGGCAGAGAACAACAACAAGCAGUCGAUAAACUCCUCCAGGAUGCUCUCCAACUCGAUCGGGUUGCCCAACAAGUACAUUCGCAAUUUGCAAUUUCCUGCGAUCGACUCGCACACGGUAAGCAACUUUUUGGAGGCCGUCACGGACGACCAGAAAAUUUCCUCCUAG